CAGAAGCAGCAGCAGGGCGAGUAGACGUGCUGCCGGAUCCGAGAAAGUGAGACCACUGCGGGACGCUUUUUUGACCUCCACCGCGCUUCUUUGUCACUGACUUUUGCCGGAGUGCAGACAACUUUUUAUCCGGCUUUACGGUUCUGGUCUUACCGCUAUGGAUCGUCUACCAGCAAGGACCAGACAAGACACGCCGUCUGGUCCUCCACCUAAAAUGUUCUGAUUGUCAACUACUGGAUCGUUGCAGGAAAGAUAAGAUUUGGACCAUUUUUGUUUUUUUUUUGUUGUUGUUGUUGGAGGUUGGCUGCAAGCUGGCGAGCACAUGUGAGCACUAAAGUGAUCUUUUCUCUCUCAUGGGGCAUCGUUACUCAUUUGUGAGGAUGUAAAGAGUAAAAAGUGAAGCUAUGACAGUAACUGCUCCCUUGGAUAACCCUGAACCCAGCCAACCCUCCCCCAGACUGUGACCCGCAAAGACCUCCUGACACGUGACGGUGGGACAGGCCAUGUUUAUGGUCCGGGGGUGCGCUGCUCACCACGACCCCGCAGAGUGAAUGAGUGUUUACCGUGAAGCUGCCGUGCUCUGCCAGCCCGUCGCCAUGAGCAAAUACUCGCAGUACUACAACCCGACUCUGAUCCCUUACUACUACAUGUUGGCCAAGAACAAGACCAUCGAGCAGCUGGAUAAGAAGGAUAAGAAGGUCCUGACCGACCCCAGUAUCAUCAUCGUGGUCCUGUGCACCAUCAUCAUCUUGGAGAACCUCUUGGUGCUUAUCGCCGUUUGGCGCAACAAGAAGUUCCACUCCGCUAUGUUCUUCUUCAUCGGCAACUUGGCGUUCUCCGACCUUUUGGCCGGUUCGGCUUACAUCGCUAACAUUUUUCUUUCGGGACCGAAGACGUUUACGCUGAUGCCGGUGCAGUGGUUCAUCCGCGAGGGCACGGCGUUCAUCGCCCUGGCGGCGUCUGUUUUCAGCUUGCUUGCCAUCGCCAUCGAGCGCUACAUCGCCAUCACAAAAGUCAAAGUGUACGGCUCCACCAAAACGUGCCGCAUGUUCCUGCUCAUCGGAGCCUGCUGGGUGAUGUCCAUCCUCCUGGGGGGGCUUCCCAUCAUCGGGUGGAACUGCAUCGAUAACCUGCACGAGUGUUCCGCCGUUCUGCCGUUGUACUCCAAAAAGUACAUCGUUUUCGUGGUGACCGUUUUCAGCCUCAUCCUGCUCUCCAUCGUUAUCCUCUACGUGAAGAUCUACUUGAUCGUACGCUCCAGCCACCAGGAGGCCACCAACUCCCCGGCUUACGCGCUCUUGAAGACGGUCACCAUCGUUCUGGGCGUCUUCAUCGUAUGCUGGUUGCCUGCGUUCACCAUCCUUCUCCUGGACUCAUCCUGCAUGAUACAGUUCUGCUCCAUCCUCUCCAGUGCGGACAGAUUUUUCGGCUUCGCCAUGCUCAACUCGGCACUCAACCCGAUCAUCUACACGUUGCGGAGCAAGGACAUGAGAAAGGAGUUCCUGCGCGUGCUCUGCUGCUGGGGGGUGCUGCAGAGCGGGCGCCCCACCGACCGAUGCCUGGUGCCGCUGAAGAGCUCCAGCUCUCAGGAGCACUGCACCCACAAACACGAACACCAGACCACGCCCAUCAUGCAGGAUUGUACCACCUGCGUGUGAUGCAUACAAAUCAUGUUAGGGUGUGACGCCACUUUUCCCAAACGUCCUCACCAUUACUUUCAGAAAUGUGAACUAUUUCAUGGGUACUCAGAUGGAGUCAUUUUCAAGGACCGCCCCCCACAAUAGAAACCAAAAACAUCAAUGCAAAUCUCGCCAUUUUAAAAAACAGCCUUUUAUACAGACAGCCCACAAAAUUGCAACAUCAGAGCCGAAACAGUCAAAUUUAAAUGUGCAUUUUACACAGAACCCACAAAAACACAAAAUUCGUCACACAGCGACUUAACACUCAAAAACAUGUACCGAAUAAAUGUACAAAUGUAUACCGAUACAAGUUUUAAAAUUAUUUUAAGGUUUUCCCCUUAAUACAACGGAUUCAUUGGGGAGCUGCAAUGACAUCAGCCUCCGUCUGGUAGAUAUAGGUAGCAUUGCGCAUUUAUCAUACAUUUUCUAUGCUGCUUGUCCUCCAAUGGAAUGAUUUCAUUCAUACAUUCAUUUUCUACCACUUAUCCUCACAAGGGUCGCGGGGGUGCUGGAGCCUAUCCCAGCUGUCUUCUGGCGAGAGGCGGGGUACACCCUGGACUGGUCGCCAGCCAAUAACAGGGCAUAUACAGCGGUGUGGCUCAUUUAUGACUAAAUUAUUGUUACUACUCGCUACCUAUUGUUUAAUACUAUGACGCUUGUGAGUCAGUGAGGAAACAGUAGCUCUAUCUUUGGCGUCUUGUAACAGUAUAACAACGUAACUGUCUUGAAACUCACAGUGUCAUCUUACAAAGAACACAAAAUUCAUCACACGGCGACUUAACACUCAAAACAUGUUCCGAAUAAAUAUACAAAUGUAUACCAAUACAAGUUUUAAAAUGAUUUUAAAGUUUUCCCCUUAAUGCAACGGAUUCAUUGGGGCGCUGCAAUGACAUCAGCCUCCCUCACAAUAGCAAUUCAUUUAUUUAUUCAUUCAUUUUCUACCGCUUAUUUUCACAAGGGUCACAGGUGUGCUGGAGCCUAUCCCAGCUGUGAGAGGCGGGGUACACCCUGGACUGUUCGCCAGCCAAUCACAGGGCACAUAUAGACAAACAACCAUUCACACUCACAUUCAUACCUAUGGUCAUAUUAUUUGUUAUUAUUUGUGAGGAGGUCCAAUCAAUCACAGCACAUUGGCAAAGAAAUCAUGGCUAUAUAUUCCCUAUUUAACCUUUCUUUCAGUAAACAUCCAUGUGAAUAACCACAACAAACUUACAUAAUCUGCUUACAUGUAAUGAAUUGUAGCUAAUCGUGUAUGAUGUAUUCCAGCUUCCGUCACUCACCCUUCCUCCAUCAUCUUUUCCUUUAAGGACAAGCACAUUUCCUCCAUUUUGAUUCAUAAUUUGUCCUGACAGUGUUGUUAGCAACCUUUCUUUUUGCGCCGUUUGGCUGAAUGUAUGCAUGAUUAUGAUGAUGAUGAAGAAGUAUCGGGGCAUGCGUCCCGUGGUCGACAGUAUUACUGAUCAUCGUUUUUUUUUUUGGGGGGGUCACCGAGGAGCAUAAAGUGGGAUGAACAGGGUAGCUCACUGUGAAGAAAAAAAAAAAAGCGAGCACCGCGAACAAGACGAACAUCCUGGUUUCAUUUGAACACAACGCGGCUUUCCAAAGCCUUCAAUAAAACCGUGGGAGAUCUGGUUUCAUAGUGGGACAAACGGGCCGGGGCCGGGGGUGGGGGCUUCCCACCCUUUUCACCCACACCUUGGAAGUCAGCUCCAUCCUCUACGACUUCCUUCUACCGCAGGAAGUCUUGUUUUAUUUCUAUAGUCCGCUUCCUGUUGUUCAGGAUGACACCCCCGUUCUUCCUGUGUGUACUGUACUUUUUUUUUUUUUUUUUUUUUUACAGUUAAACAAUUAACACAGCCAAGUAGAAAUGGUGAAAAGCACUUUGGCAGCUUCAGUGAUGUUUGCUUACCGUCUCUUGUGUUUGUCCGACUGAGGGGUGUUUUUGUGUCCGACUAUGUCUUUAAAUAUGUAAGUAUGUAUGUAUGUACAGUUUAUAUAUGAUUUUGUGUUGUAUGAUGAUGAUGAUGACAUGUCUCGUGUGCAAUAGCCUUGUGUGUCCAGCCAGUAGCACCCUGCCUGUGUUCAUUCGGUACAAUCUGAAACACUAAUGUAGGUACAGCAACAUUUUUUCCAUUGCAUUCCAUAUUUUUUACAAAAUAAAUGAAAUAUGAAAAAAAAUUGUGGUCAUUGUAUUUUUCAACUUUUUUUGCAUUAAAGUACAUUUUUGCAAUGUCGCAUUUAAUACUAAUACCUGUUUACGACUUUCUGUAUACGUUUUUUUUAACCAUUAUUUGAAAACACAUGAAAUAACACCCUUUUAUUCAUCUUUACGCUUUGUCUCUUGUUUACAUGACAUUGCGCAAUUGUUAUGCGCAGGCUCCGGAAGCACUGAAGACACGAGACGGUCGGGCUUUUAGCAUAUUAGCAUGCUACCUAGCUACCCAUUAAC